AUGGAACGAGGGGUUAAUACGAAGAGCCACGUUUAUAAGAAAACCCUGCAGGCUCUGAUCUACCCCAUCUCCUGCACAACGCCCCAUGCCUUCCAAGUGUGGACCGCCACCACUCCCACCUACUGCUAUGAGUGUGAGGGGCUGCUGUGGGGCAUCGCCCGCCAGGGCAUGAGGUGUGCUGAGUGUGGGGUCAAAGUUCACGAGAAGUGCCAAGAGCUGCUAAAUGCGGACUGUCUACUGAGGGCGGCUGAGAAGAGCUCUAAGACAGGAUCAGAGGACCGGACCCAGCACAUCAUCGCAGCUAUGAAAGACAGGAUGAAGAUCAGGGAGAGGAACAAGCCGGAGAUCUUUGAGGAGAUCAGGGCUGUGUUCGCCGUCACUAAGCUGCUCCAUGCACAGCAGAUGAAGACCAUUAAACAGAACGUGUUAGACGGAACCUCCAAGUGGUCCGCCAAGAUCACCAUCACCAUUGUCAGUGCUCAGGGUCUCCAGGCUAAAGACAGGACCGGCUCCAGUGACCCCUAUGUGACCAUCCAGGUGGGGAAGACCAAGAAGAGAACCAAGACCAUCUACGGAAACCUCAACCCUGUCUGGGAGGAGACGUUCCACUUUGAGUGCCACAACACGUCGGACCGUAUCAAACUGCGUGUUUGGGACGAGGAUGAUGACAUUAAGUCCAGGGUGAAACAGCGUCUGAAGAGAGAGUCAGAUGACUUCCUGGGUCAGAGCAUCAUUGAGGUCAGAACACUCAGCGGAGAGAUGGACGUCUGGUACAACCUGGAGAAGAGGACUGAUAAAUCAGCGGUGUCUGGGGCCAUCAGGUUACAGAUCAGUGUGGAGAUUGAAGGGGAGGAGAAAGUAGCAUCAUACCACGCUCAGUACACCAGCCUGCAUGAGAACAUGUUCCAUUACUCUACUGAUGUGGUGGGUCAAGGGGUAGUGAAGGUGCCUGUUGCCUAUGGAGAUGAUGCAUGGAAGGUCUACUUUGACGAGGUGCAUCAGGAUAUCGUAGACGAGUUCGCCUUGCGCUACGGCAUCGAGGCUAUCUACCAGGCCAUGACUCACUUUGCCUGUCUGUCCUCUAAGUACAUGUUGUCUGGUAUUCCUGCUGUGAUGAGUACUCUGUUGGCCAAUAUCAAUUCCUUCUACGCCCAUCCUACAGCCAUCACCAACGUCUCCGCAUGUGACCGCUUCAAUGCCUCCAACUUCGGGAAAGAUCGUUUUGUUAAGCUUCUUGAUCAGCUACACAACUCUCUUCGUAUUGACCUCUCCACAUACAGAAAUAACUUCCCAGUCAGUAGUAAGCCUCGUCUGCAGGACCUGACGUCUACUGUGGAUCUGCUGACUAGCAUCACCUUCUUCAGAAUGAAGGUGUUGGAACUUCAGAACCCCCCCAGGGCAGCCCAUGUGGUGAGAGACUGUGUGAAGGCCUGUGGUAACUCCACCUACGAGUACAUCUUUAACAACUGUAUAGACCUCUACAUGAGACAGUUCCAGCCCGCCCUAGAACCUCCCAAGCCAGAGAAGGAAAAGCAGAUGAAGAAGAAUGAAAAUGAGAAGAAACAGGGAGAGGAGGAGGCUGAGGAAGAAGAUGAGGUGGAGGAAGACGAAGAGGAGAAGGAGGAGGAAGUGAAGAAGGAGCCAGAAGAGACAGGGCCUUCCAUCCACAACCUGGACUUCUGGCCGAAACUCAUCACCCUCAUCGUCUCCAUCAUAGAAGAAGAUAAUAACUCCUACACACCCAUCAUUAACCAAUUUCCUCAGGAGCUCAACGUGGGGAAGGUCAGUGGUGAGGUCAUGUGGACGCUGUUCGCUCAGGACAUGAAGUAUGCCCUAGAAGAGCAUGAGAAGCAUCGUCUGUGUAAGAGUGCUGACUACAUGAAUCUUCACUUCAAGGUCAAGUGGCUUUACAACGAGUAUGUGACCGACCUGCCUUCCUUCCAAGACACUGUACCAGAGUACUCUGCGUGGUUUUUGCCAUUUGUCCUUCAGUGGCUGGGUGAGAACGAGGAUGUGUCCAUGGAGUUCAUGCAUGGAGCUCUAGAGAGGGACAAGAGGGAAGCGUUCCAGCAGACGUCGGAGCAUGCUCUGUUCUCCAGUUCAGUAGUGGAUAUCUUCACCCAGCUCAACCAGAGCUUUGAGAUCAUCAGGAAACUAGACUGUCCAGACCUCAAGGUCCAGGCCCACUACAACAGACGCUUCGCCAAGACCAUCACCAAGGUGCUGAUGCAGUACUGUGCUAUCCUGUCCAAGGAGUUCCCCUCCUACUGCCAGAAGGAGAAGAUACUUUGUGUGUUGAUGAAUAACAUACAACAGAUGCGGGUCUUGUUGGAGAAGAUGUUUGAGUGCAUGGGGGCUAAACAGCUGGACUCCGAGGCAGCGGACAUCUUGAAUGACCUGCAGGUCAAACUGACCACUGUCCUGGACAACCUGAGCUCCAUGUUUGGCAAGAGCUUCCAGGCACGUCUGACUGUCUGCAUGCAUCAGAUGGCUGAGAUCCUGUACCAGAUCACAGGUCAUCCUAACCGCCAGACGGCCGAGGCCGACGCUGACAACAUGCUGCGGCCUCUCAUGGACUUCCUGGAUGGAAAUCUGAGUCUGUUUGCUGACACCUGUGAGAAGACGGUUCUGAAGAGAGUACUGAAGGAUCUGUGGAAGAUCGUCCUCAGCAGCUUGGAGAAGACCAUCAUCUUACCUCAGAGCAACAAUGGUUUCGGAACUCAGAUUCUGACUGCUGCCAAGGGGCUGUCCAACCUGAAGGGAGGGGGCGAGGCCAAAAGCCUUACUCCCAAACAGUGUGUCAUAAUGGAGGCUGCGCUGGAAACUAUUAAGCAAUACUUCCAUGCGGGCGGUAAUGGUCUGAAGAAGACCUAUGUGGAGAAGAGUCCUGAGCUGUCUAAGCUGAAAUACACUCUGUCCCUCUAUUCUCAGAGCACUGAUGCACUGAUUAAGACCUUCGUCACCACACAGCACACACAGGUUCAUAAUGAGAUGGGCAUCAGGAUUACUCCAAGUGAGAAGGUUUUGCCUGAAAGAGGUUCAGGAGCGGAGAAGUCUAUUGGUGAGGCCCAGAUCCAGAUAGACAUGGUGCCUCCAGGCAAAGACAAGAUCCACAAGGUCAACAUCAGAGUGAUAGCAGUGAAUGAUAUGAAGUGGCAGACAUCAGGGAUGUUCCGUCCCUUUGUGGAGGUCAAUAUGAUUGGUCCACACCUCGCUGCCCAGAAGAGGAAGUUCACCACCAAGUCAAAGAACAACAGCUGGACAGCCAAGUACAACGAGGCCUUCCAAUUUAUCCUGGGUAAGGAGUCUCCAGACUGCUAUGAGCUGCAGGUGACGGUGAAGGACUACUGUUUUGGCCGGGCCAACCGUGUUGUGGGCGUGGCCGUGGUCCAGCUGAGGGAUGUAGCUGACAGGAAGUCAUGCGUGUGCUGGUGCCCACUGGGUAGAACCAUCCAGAAGGACGAGACGGGCGUGACGGUGAUGCGUAUCCUGUCUCAGCGGGCGGCCGACGAGGUGGCCAAGGACUUUGUCAAACUGAAGGAUGAGACACGCCCUGUAGAGGAGGGGAGAUGAUGAUGGGAUGAGGAAGGAGGAGAGAAUGAGAGGGGAGAGAGGAUAGGUAGAGGAGAUGAGGAGAGAA